ACACUACCAUCUUGAAUCAAUCUUCCCAACUUUUCUUAUAGCUAUUGGACUCCUCUCUCUUUCUCUACCUCUCUGUUUUAUGAUGGAAACCUACCCAACAUUUUACUCUUCUUCAUCAACGACACCACCUGCUGCUGCUUCCUCUAUGUCAUUGAACAUGGUGAACAGUCAUCCUCAUCAUGCUUAUAGUAACGAUCAGUACCAAGCUAGCAACAAUAAGUCAAAUGGGUUCUUGGGGCUGAUGUCAGAGAUGGAGGUUUCGAACAGUAUCAACAGCAUGAGUAGUAUUUCCCAGAGCAUGAAAAGCUUUGGGGAGGGUGAAAGUAAUACAGCAGUAAGGGCAGGGAUGAAGAAGGGAGAGAAGAAGAUCAGGAAGCCGAGAUAUGCGUUUCAGACCAGGAGCCAAGUCGAUAUACUUGACGAUGGAUACAGGUGGAGAAAGUAUGGCCAAAAAGCAGUCAAGAACAACAAAUUCCCAAGAAGCUACUAUCGGUGCACGCAUCAGGGCUGCAAUGUGAAAAAGCAGGUUCAGAGACUAACCAAGGAUGAAGGAGUUGUGGUGACUACAUAUGAAGGCAUGCACUCUCAUCCCAUUGAGAAGUCUACCGAUAACUUUGAGCAUAUUUUGACCCAGAUGCAAAUCUACACUUCUUUCUGAUUCAUAUAUAAUAGCAGUACUAUGCAGUGACAAUUACAUGCCUGCUGUGCUUUGUAAAUGACUGUGUAAUAGCUAGCGAGCUAGUUUUGAACCAAAAAUAAAAUGUACGUCCCUUACAGAUUCUAUUUAUUAAUCAGUUGUAUUGGUUUCUUGA